ACGCAGCACUAGCUAUUUGGCCUUAGGGAGUGAGUGAGUGAGGUAGCUAGGUUGUAAAAAGUCAAAAUCAUGGCGAAAAGUAUUGCGAUCAUCGACUUUGAUUGCUUUCGUUUGGAUGUUGAAGCUACAGAUGAGAAGAAAUUCGAGAAACUAGUCGAUGAAGUCCAUGAUGCUUUGACGAAAGUGGGGUUUAUGUACCUCGUAAACCAUGGAAUUCCACUCGAUAAGAUUCGUGACACAUUCGCAGCGUCGAAGAAGUUUUUCGAGCAGUCGGAGGACACAAAGAUGAACUACAUCGGGCAAAGCGACGACAAAUUCUCUAUUCAUGGUUUUGAAGAGACAGAGAAAGAACAGUGCUGUCCAGAGAGGGAGCGCGACCUCAAGCAAUGUUUCAACUACACGGUCAAGGCGGCAACAGACGAUGUAUGUGCUACUCCCUAUAUGUGGCCUGAUAAAACCAUACCAGAGUUCCGACAGUCGAUGGAAGAGCUCUACCGAUGGUGCACCAAACUGAACCAUAAGAUUCUAGACGUUAUCGGACAUGGUCUCAAAUUACCGGACCCGCACUACUUCAAGAACUUGCACAAGGGUCUUGGGACGAAGGAGAACUGCACCAUCUUGAGGUCGUUGUACUAUCCUCCGCCGGUGUUUGAGAAGGUAAAGGACAACCAGAUCCGAUGCGGAGAGCAUACGGACUACGGGGGCAUCACGUUACUCUUCCAAGACAAACAGGGCGGCCUUGAGGUUCAAGACGUAGAGGGAGAUUGGAUACAGGCCAAGCCGGUGGAAGAUGCAGUCAUUGUCAAUCUAGGUGAUCUCAUGCAAAUGUGGACAGCAGACCAACUCAUCGCUUCUGUUCAUCGGGUCGUCAUGCCCAAGACCUCUGAACCCAGGCAGUCCAUCGUUUUCUUCGGUCAUCCCGACGAUGACGAGGUAAUCGAGUGCGUGGACGGAAGCAACAAGUACCCACCAAUUAACAGCCUAGAGUACCUUGAAAAGAGACUAUAUGACACGUACUAAGGGAGAAUUAUUUGUAUAUAUCAGAUCGUUUUAAUCUGCAAUAUUUUAUGGAAAUGUUUUAAACUUACU